AUGGGUGAGACAGAAGAGCGGGUGCGGAAAAGCACACCUCCACCUCCAUAUAGCCCCGAAAGGCCACCACCACCCUAUUCGACGAUGAUUAAUGUAAGACUGGAUGAUAUAAAUAUAAAUGAAACGAAGGAAAAAGAUGAAAAUGUACCUCAUCUACCGUGUACACCGUUUUCCACUGGAUCUAUCACAUCUACUGUUCAUCCACGAUUGAUUUCAGCUCCAACAACCCUUAUUAGCACUUCAGAAGGUAUCAAUCCGUCUUCCGAACCAAAAAAUGCAUCAUUCGAGAUCGCUAACUAUACUGUUAAGAAAGCAAUAACUGCAGAGCCGCAUGAUGAAUUUUGUCCCAAAUGUCAGGUAUUGAUUUAA